GUGGCGACGGAGAUGAGCAUAGGCGGAGCACCGCCUCUUCCUACGCUCAUGCGGAUUCUGACUGAGGUGGUCGUGGCCACGGGUAUUCUCGCGGCGCUGGUUCUGAUCGGCGCAGUCGGGUUCCACUUCACGGCGGAUCUGAACUUCACGACGUCUAUCUAUUUCACUAUUGAGACUCUGACCACUGUGGGCUACGGAGACUAUGAUCUAGACCUCAGCAGCACGAGGCGUCGCAUCUUUGUGGUCACGUACAUAUUCUUUGCCGUUCCGAUAUUCGCAGGAAGGCUUGCGGCACUGAUUGAGGCUGUCUCCAAGUACCUUCAGAUGAGACGUAUUAGGGAUAUGAGAGAAAUCGGGGUGACGCGGCAGAUGCUGCAGGAGGCUGACAUUGACCUGGACGGCUCAGUUAAUCGGGCCGAAUUCGCACUCUAUUUCCUGACCAAGUUGCAAAUCAUCGACAUGCAUAUGGUUAGAGGCUAUCGGAAUGAAUGA